AUAAAUUUGUUGCGCGCCAUUUUGUUUUUGGAAAGGAAAGCAAAAAAAAAGAUACAACAGCAAAAACCUACCACAAAAAGUCAAAGUUUAUAAAAAUCAAGAAAAAAAACGAGUUGAUGGGGGAAAUGGGAUUGAAAAACAUGUGGCACUGCGCUAUUUUGUGUAUCAGUUUUUUGCCCAUUAUAUAUAAAAAUAACGCGCGACAGGCACAUAAAUAAAUGCCACUGAAAAUAUCGAUACGAUGAACAAACGAAGAAGAAGCGAUUAGUACGUCGUCGGUUUUUCGGCUGUGUGGUGACUCGCGAUGCGUGCGGCCUAGAAGUCGUAACCCCCCGAAAACCGAAGCCCCGACCCCCCUCACACACACACAUCUGUAUCUACAAACUGCUCAUAAAUUUUAAUUAACUCAAAAGGCAGAGGCAAAAACAAAGCACAAAAACACCGGAAAGCAGGGAAAAUUAAUAAAAAUCAAUAGAGCGGCGAGCGGGAGGCGAUAAAAAGUGUUAUCAGUGCGGAUUAAUUGGCUGCGAAGCGGAGGAGGAGGAGGAGAGGAGCUGGAGGAGGAGGAGGUGGCACCUCCGGAGAUUGAGGACUAGGGAGCUCCAAGUCGGGACACGGAGCCAUCACCAUGUCCGUGCAGCAGUUCUGCCUACGCUGGAACAACCACCAGCCGAACUUCAUCUCGGUGUGCUCCUCGCUUCUGCACAAUGGCACCUUGGUGGACGUCACACUGGCCGCCGAGGGUCGCCAGCUUCAGGCCCACAAAAUAGUGCUGUCCGCUUGUAGUUCGUACUUUCAGGCUCUGUUCACUACAAAUCCGUGCCAACAUCCCAUCGUCAUUCUAAAGGACGUGCAGUACGAUGACCUCAAGACCAUGGUGGACUUUAUGUACUACGGCGAGGUCAAUGUGUCGCAGGAGCAGCUGCCGCACAUCCUCAAGACCGCGGAGAUGCUCAAGAUCAAGGGCCUGGCGGAAAUGCCCACGGAUCCGGCCAAUCUGACCAAGUCGGACAGCAAGUCCUCCACCGACGGCACCGAAUUGGUGGGGGGCUCGGGUGUCGGCACUGGUGCGGGCACCUCGUCUGGAAGUUUGGGCGCCGCCAGUGGCAGCAGCGUGGGCGACUCCCUGUGGAGCAGCAGCGAGGCCCAGCAGUUCCAGCAGCAGCAGCAGCAACAACAGGCCCAGCAACAGGCGCAGCAGCAGCAUCAUCACCACCAGCAACAGCAGCAGGCGCUGCAGCAGCAGCAGCAACAGGCGCAGCAGCAACAACAGCAGCAACAGCAACACCAUCACCACCACCAUCAGCAGCAGCAGAGCGGACAGGCGCAGGCGGCGCAGACGCAUCACCACCAGAUGCGACGUACACCCUCGCCACUAAGCGCCGGCACAUCGCCAGCAACAAGGCGCAAACGCUUGCGCAAAUCCUCGAAUAACGGCUCUGGUGAUCGCAACAAUGCGGAGGAGCAGCACAAUAGCUCAUUGGACGUGGGCAGUGGCGCCGGCAAUGCCGGUCUCAGUCUUGCCCAGAUGAGCCAGAUGUCCUUUGGAGCGGGUGGCGGCCUGGCCGGCCAUUCGCUGCACGCGGCUAAGCUGCUGAAGGAGUCGGCUAGCGCCGAGCUGGAGCAGCAGCCGCAGGACUCGGAUCUGGACGACGGACACGGACACUUACACAUGCAAAUUGUAAUGAAAUUGAAACCCGAAGUAGACAUUGGCGGCGUGAAUCAGACGAUGCCCCUCGACAUCUCCGGCGGCACAACACCAUCCGAACACGAUGCGCCGAACUCCCAGUCUUCGCACUCGGGUCUGCAAUGGACAGUUGUCGAUUCCAACUAUCCGCGCUUCUCCCUGCCCGCCUGCCAGUCCAACUUGCUGGGCAACGGCGGUGGCAGCGGUGGCGGUGCCGGCAGCCAGAGCAGUGGUGCGAAUAGCGCCGGCGGCGUCAAUAGCGACCAGCGGCAGCAGCACGAGGCCCAGCAGCAGGCCACCCAGCAGCACCUGCAGCAGCUGCACUACCAGCAGCAGCAACAGCAGCAGGAGCAGGCCUCCGCCUCCGGACAGGCCUACUCGUCGCAGAUCAUCACGGUGAACAACCUAGUCGGAAGCUAUGCGACGGCGGCCCAGAACCUCUCGCCCACCUCACCUAAUGAGUCGAACAUGGUGCAGUCGGUCUACAGUCAGGGUCCUACGCCCACCCAAUCCCCCGUGCAUGCGGGCGUUGGCGGAGCCAGUGCCGCCGGCGGAGGAGCGGGCAAUGCCAACGCCGGCAAUGGAGGAGCCGCUGGCGCGGUCAAUCAGGUGGUGAAGCGCAAGAGAUCGGUAAAUCCGCAGGGAGACGAGAACUUUAUCCGCGCCCUAGAGGCGGUCCGCACGGGCGGCAUUGGAUUCUGCAAGGCGGCACGACUGUACGGCGUGAACAACAGGACUCUGUGGCUGGAGUACAAGAAGCGGGGAUACCCGGUCUCGCGACCCAGCAUCAAGGCGCGCGUGGUCAAGCAGGAGCCGAAUCUGUCGCCCUCGCCCACGCCCUCGACGAAUCAGGGCGAUGACAAUACCAACGAGACGCUCAGCAUGCAGAUCCCGCCACAGGCGGAGACUCCAACGCCGUCGCUGAUGUGUACUCCACAUCAUGCGGGGCUAGGGAGUGGAGCUGGCAGCCUGCCGGGCGGGGGGAACUCCCACCCAGCCAUCGGGGUGAUGAGCCUGUUCGAUGCGCGCUACAUGGACUCGCCGGGCAACGUGCACUCGAUGACACGGCAGCGGUACAUCGAAGCCACAGGCGGCGGAGCGGGCGCGGGAACGGGCGCGGGCACCGGCACCAUCAACGUCAAUUCGACCACCGCCAUGAAUCUACAGAGUAUUAACUUCAACUCAAUAUAGAAUACGAUUUCGAGCCAGGCGGGGACGGCCACUCUGCUGCAGGCAGCCGCCGUGAUGGCCGCCAGCGAGCCAGCGGAAUCCCUGAGCAUAUCAGCCAUGCCCGUCUCCGUUCCCAUGGGCAUGGCCCACAGUUUUCUCAUUAACAACUUUGUGACGGUGGCUGCACCGCCGGUGGCCACGGUGACCAGCACGGGCCUGCAGUACUUGGACAAGUCGUAGGUCCGGCGGCAGAGCCCCAAAUCGAUCGAUACAGGUAUUAGAGCAACGGCAGCAAUCUAGUGUAUAUAACGGACCGCUUUUACGGCAGAGUGGCAAUAGAAUAGAUGUCGGCCAUGGAUGGAUGGAUGGAGCACAAGUGGAAUCGGAUUCCUGCGCUGAGCUGAGCUAAGUAGAGCAGGAAGGAUCGGAAAUCGGAGUGGAACGGAAUGAAAAAGAGAACAGAACAGGCGAGCCGGCCGCACUUGUAAUAAUUUCUUAGAACCUAAUUCCUUAAGCUAAACGUUUUGAACCCUACAUUUUUACGAUUGUUAACUAAGAAAUCGGUAGUACAGAUCUUCGAUAUAUAUAUAAAUAGCUAUUUUACGUGUAAAAGAAUAAUGUAACUGUACAUAAAUUAUACAAUUUUAUUAGUGUUAAUCGCGAACAUGAAAUGAUUUGUAAAGCAACUGCAGCUAAAAGUGGUGCUGUGUGCCAGCAGCCGAACAAACCUUGCGGUAUCCGUUCCAUAUUCCACUUUUUGUAAUGCGAACAAGCAAUGGACGAAACCAAAAAUUCUAUCUGUAAUCGUAAUGAUAAUUGUUAAGGACAAAAUGAGAUUUAUUGGCAAAUUUCUGGAAAAAAUUUCCCACAUCCUGGGGUUUGCUAGGCUCUGGCGCAUCAGAAAUAAGUUUUCUUCCUCGUUUCGAAUGAGAUUUCAUUUCUGCACUUGUGUUACAAUAGCAAAUAUCAGUAUGUAGGUACUCGCGCGAAUUCGUAUGCAUUAUAAUUAGCUUCUUAUCAAUGUGUACAGUGAAGCGAAUCCACUCUAUUUGAAGCAUAAGCGUAAUCGUUGGCGAACUCCCGACUUCACACCGAAUAAUGUCAUGAACAGAGAGGAUCGAUCGCAGGACCGCGUACAAUAGACUAAGCUACUAGACCAGCGGAGGAGCAUGUAAGAGAACCGGAUAGAUAUGUAUGAUAAAUAUGUACCAAUCAAUAUAUAUGUAUAUAUAUUUAUAUUUGUGAAUGUAUCCACACUUUUUUUCAUUUGUUUCCGAGUUAUUCAAGGUGCCAGUCCCUGUUUUUAAUGGCUGCACUGGCACAAGGUUUUUACGGUGAUCGACUCUAGGUUAUAUAUUUCCAAAUCCGACAACAACAUAUCUAAGAGGGUAUUUAACAGGGGAACUCAAUUAUUUUGACACUUGGUUCUUGAAGAUUUCUUUGUACAUAGGUAUGUACAUAUAAGGGCGCGAGGAGAGAGCGAUUAAGAUCGGUAAUGAUUACAAGAUACAGAUACGCAAACAAACGAAACUUAAAGAUAACUCGUAACCACCCAAAAUCCUAAACGGAGACUGCAGCUAAAGGCAAAUAGAAAACCAAAACACAAACGGAAAACGCAUACGAUUCCGGUUAUGAAUAAAGAUUACGAAUAGUGUGUUUUUAAUACGAUUCAUAUAAAUAAUGUAACUAAUAGAGAACUUUUUAUAUUGUGUCAAGGCAUACUAAGAACUAAGCGUGAUUUGUUAGAAGUCAUAGAGUAACGUAACUUUGAUAAUGGACUUUUAUUACACUCGCCCACACAGACAUGAUAUACCAUGGUGGAUCCCUACGAUCCCGACCCGAUCCCAGAUCACAGAAACAACCAAACCAGAACCGAAUAGAACACGGAUGAAACAACGCGAAAAUAGCAGAAACAAUAAGCAAAUAUUACUAACUCUGUUUCCUACAAUUGCAAAGUACCAAUAACUACGCUAGUUAUGUGUGUUAAAUAUAUAUAUAAAUUAUUUAAAUCAGCGCAAGUGCAUAAAUGAACCGAUUGUAUUAUAAGUUGCAUGUACCAUACCAAGUAAUGCGAACCCCAAACGAAUAUCGAGAUGGAACGAACAUUCUAGACUGUAGUCGAUGUGCAAGAAACGAAUAAACUUUCAAAACUACAACGUAA